GGCGGAGUUGAGCGCUGCUGCUAGUCCUUUAGCCAACAUACAUGUGGAGGGUCCGGAGAGAGUGGAGCUCCGCACAAACUUAGGACAAAUCCUCUCCAGACUGGAAAUAUACUGUCGACGUCCUUUGCCUCUUUCACCUCAGACAAGUUCUCUUAAACAUGAAAGGCCGGAUCGAGCUGGGGGACGUUACCCCCCACAACAUUAAACAACUGAAGCGUCUGAACCAAGUCAUCUUCCCCGUCAGCUACAAUGACAAGUUCUACAAAGAUGUGCUGGAAGUAGGAGAGCUUGCUAAGUUAGCAUACUUCAAUGACAUUGCUGUGGGGGCAGUGUGCUGUAGGGUGGACCACUCCCAGAACCAGAAGAGAUUGUACAUCAUGACACUCGGCUGCCUAGCACCCUACCGCAGACUGGGCAUAGGAACAAAGAUGCUGAACCAUGUGUUGAACAUUUGUGAGAAGGAUGGCACUUUUGACAACAUUUACCUUCAUGUGCAGAUCAGCAAUGAGUCUGCAAUUGACUUCUACCAGAAGUUUGGCUUUGAGAUCAUUGAAACAAAAAAGAACUAUUACAAGAGGAUAGAGCCUGCAGACGCCCAUGUUCUCCAGAAGAGCCUGCGUAGCCCGUGUGCACCACCAGCGGGAGAGCUGCAGAAGGCUGAGUAGGGGCCUAAGCGCUGAAGAGAUUGGUUUUUGCCCGUACUCUCAAAAUGGAACUGUGACAGAUGCCCCGGGGUCUAUAGAUACACCACUUUUUCAGAGGGCAAUUUAAAGAGAAAAACGAGUCCAUGAAAAAUUGCUGCAUUUUAUUUUGCAAAAACAAAACUUAAGUCCCCAUCAGUUUGCGU